AUGGCUAUGAACCUGUUGAAAGAUUGGUGCAAGGGGAUGGAUAUGGACCCCAGAAAGGCCGUACUGAUUGUGGGGAUCCCCAUUGAGUGUGAUGAGGUGGAGAUUGUGCAGACAGUUAAGGCCGGCUUGUACAGCGUGUGCUCCUACAGGGUGCUGGGCCGAAUGUUCCUGAGGGAGAAUAAUGCUAAGGCUGUCUUUGUGGAGCUGUUGCAGCCUGUCGACUACGCGGUGAUGCCCAGUCACAUCCCAGGCAGAGGGGGCUUCUGGGAGGUGGUGAUGACACCCCGCAACUCCGACGACGAGUUUGUCAAUCGACUGAACUUCUUCCUGCGAGAUGAAGGUCGGCGAACGGUGGAUGCGGCCAAGACCCUAGGGUGCCGUAUCUCAGAGGCUGCUGCCCUGGAGCCUGAGGCCUCAGGCCCAGUGGCAGCACCAGAGCCCGAGGCCUCAGGCCCAGUGGCAGCACCGGCUUUUCCGCUCAUGAAGGAAAGCAUGUGGUACCGUAAAUUGAAAGUCUUUUCAGGCAACAAGAUCCCUGUGCCCGGCGAGGAGACCUUUGAAGUCUGGCUGGAGCAGACGACCGAGAUGAUGCAGCUGUGGCAGGUGUCCGAGAUAGAGAAGCGGAGGCGGCUGCUGGAAAGCCUGCACGGCCCGGCUCUGUCCAUCAUGCGGGUGCUGCGGGCCAACAACGAGGCCAUGUCGGUGGCUGAUUGUCUGGAUGCCCUGAAGCAGAUCUUCGGCCCUAGGGAGGAUGGCCACACCUCUCAGUUCCGCUUCCUGCAGUCCAUCCAGAUGGCAGGGGAGAAAAUAUCUGAUUUUCUGCUCCGCUUCGAGCCGCUGCUUCAGAAGGCUGUGCAGCACAGCCCCAUCUCCCCGCGCAGCACGGACAUGAUCCGUCUCAAGCACAUCCUGGUUAAAGCUUCCAUGACCACUUCACUCCGAGCCCAGCUGGAGACCCUGGACCAGCACUGCUGUGCCCCCACCUUCCUAGAGCUCAUGAAGAUCAUUCGCGACGAAGAAGAAUGGGAGACUACCCUGGCAGUGACCCAGGAGAAACCUAAGCAAGGAGGAAGGGGCCGGAGAGGUGUUAGCAGACAGGCGUCAGUGCAGGUCCCUGCUCCUGUCCAGGUCCCUGCUCCUGUCCCCCAGGAGCCCAUGCAAGCAGGGUCUUUCUGGGAGAGUAGCACCCAGACCGUGCAGGGAGGGGGGGUUACCCAGUCAGUGAAGCGUAAGCGCCUGCCAUGCUCUUCUAACAGUGCUAGCCAGGCCGGGGAUCUCAAGGUUGAGCUUCUAGAGAAGAAGAUGCAGCCAGGUGCCAUACAGGAGUCGGGAAACGGGGUAGGGGCUGGGGCAGUGAGCCACCCCGAGCCCUAA